GACUCUAUCGGGUCGACCGCAGACACUUGCACCCACGAGCCUACGCAAAACCAUGGCGGCGGCAAGAGUGUUUACCUGCGUCUUGCGGCCGCUGCAGGGCCAGCAACGGCCAAUCGGCAGGGCACUCAGCAGCUGGCCGCGGCCCGGCUUCCCGUCCCCGUCCACAACCACGACAACCACAACCGCCCGUCUUCUUCCUCCUCUCCGCCGAACCAUCUCGAGCACCCCGCGCCGCCCGAAACAAGCCGCCGACGAGCACGAUUUCACCUCGAUCGUCGACAACCCUCCCGAGCUGGUCCGCGUCGGCCGCAAGCACGGCCCGGGCCUAAUAAUCCUCGCCCUCAUCCCCGCAACCGCCUUCAUCCUCGGCACGUGGCAGGUGCAGCGGCUGAAGUGGAAGACGGACCUGAUCGCCAAGUGCGAGGACCGGCUGGUGCGGCCGCCGCUGCCGCUGCCGCCGCGCGUGGACCCGGACGCGGUGGCCGCCGAGUUCGACUACCGCCGCGUGUACACGACCGGCCGGUUCCGCCACGACCAGGAGAUGCUGGUCGGCCCGCGCAUGCGCGACGGCGAGCAGGGGUACCUGGUGGUGACGCCGCUCGAGCGGGGCGGCGGCGGCAAGGGAGACGACGGAGAGGAGGAGGCGAGCAAGAUCUUGGUGAAUCGCGGGUGGGUGGCCAAGAAGUUUGCCGAUCAGAGCAAAAGGGCGCCGGCGGCGCUGCCGACGGGGGAGGUGACGGUGGAGGGCUUGCUGAGGCAGCCGUGGAAAAAGAACAUGUUCACGCCCGAGAAUCGGCCGGAUAAAGGGGAGUUUUACUUCCCUGAUGUGAAGCAGAUGGCCGAAUUGACGGGCAGUCAGCCGGUGUGGGUGGAGCAGACCAUGGAGCCCGACUAUAUCCAGUUCUUAGACCACCAGGACCGGGGUAUCCCCCUCGGGACGCCGGCGGAGGUGAAUCUGCGCAACAACCAUGCGCAGUAUAUCUUCACCUGGUAG